CUUUGGGGUGGAUUGAAGUUGGGAGUAGUACACAAAGAGAUAAUAUAAUUUGUUUGUCUCUGUCAUCGCGCUUAAGCUCGAAUAUCAAAAUUUUAGGGACAGCUAAAAUAAAGUUCAAAUUAUAGAACUAUGGAGGACAGUGGCAUAGACAGUGAGGACAGACAAUCGAAUAUAUAUGAGGAUGGUGCGGCAGGCUUGCUGAAAACGGCUAGUGGAGCGCCCAAACAUAUGUCGGAUCUGGAGUUUGAGGUGGCCUUUAGGGGUGCCAGCAAGGUGUAUGCGCCCACGACCAUUGAAAUCGAUGACGACAGGGCUGCGCGGGGGACGGAGCGCAGCGAACCGCCAAACACCUGCCGCAUACUGCAACGAAAACUGGAACUGAAGGUCGAGCGUGCCAGGCGCAAUUAUACGCAAUACCAAGAGGAGCAGGCGACCAAAACACAGACGGCCACCCUCAUACCCAUUAAUCGGUUGCCCAUACCGGGUGAGGUGGAGCAGAAGCCACUGGUCGAUUAUAAGUCUGAGAGCAGUGAUGAGGCGGAGGAGAUAUCCUUUUUUCCCGCACAGCUGAAGCGUGCCAAACGACGCCAGCAGAAUCACGAGCUAACCGAUACUUUUAGCAUACAAGAGAUGACGAUUGAGUCUGAUCUGGAUUCUGACGACAGCGGCGGCACUCAGAAUCUGGAACUACUAUUGCCCUCCAUGAAAUCAACUAUUUUGGAUAAGUUUAAGAGUUGCUUCGGAUGCUGGCGGCGAAGGUAAUGCCAGGAGUCGCAGCUCAGCAGAAGGAAGUCCAGGCACAAAGCACGCUAUUGAAAGGCACUAGAAAUUCAUUUAUAGUCACAAUAUUCAUAACGUACAAUACAUAAACGAUUGCCAAUUCA